GGGGCCCCGCACCCUCGGAGGCCGGGGCGGCUGCGGGAUGGACCCCGCCGGAGCCCGCCUUAGGUAGAGAGGGCAGGCCGGGCCGGAGCCAGGAUGAGCAACGCCUCGGUGGCCUCCUCGUCCUCCUCGUCGGGGUCGUCGUCGACGCCGCCGCCGCCGUCCGAGGGCUCGCUGCUGCUGCUGCUGUGCGAGGAGGAGGCCCCGGGGGCCGGCCGGCGCAUCCCCGUGUCCCUCCUCUACUCGGGGCUGGCCAUCGGGGGCACGCUGGCCAACGGCCUGGUCAUCUACCUGGUGUCGUCCUUCCGCAAGCUGCAGACCACCAGCAACGCCUUCAUCGUCAACGGCUGCGCCGCCGACCUCAGCCUCUGCGCCCUGUGGAUGCCGCAGGAGGCCGUGCUGGGGCUGCUGCCCGGCGGGGCGGCGGGGCCCCCCGACGCCCGGGGCCCGGCCGGCUCCCCCGCCUCCCCGGCGGGCUACCGCCUGCUGCGGGGCGGCCUGCUGGGGCUGGGCCUCACCGUGUCGCUCCUGUCGCACUGCCUGGUGGCCCUCAACCGCUACCUGCUCAUCACCCGGACGCCCGCCACCUACCAGGCGCUGUACCGCCGGCGGCGGACGGCGGGCAUGCUGGCCCUGUCCUGGCUGCUGGCCCUGGGGCUGGUCCUGCUGCUGCCGCCCUGGACGCCUCCGGCCGGCGCGGCCGCCCCGACCCCGCACGGCCCGGCCCUGCUGGCGGCCGCCGGGCUGCUGGCCCAGACCGCCCUGCUGGGCCACUGCUACCUGGGCAUCGUCCGCCGGGUGCGGGUCAGCGUCAAGAGGGUCAGCGUGCUCAACUUCCACCUGCUGCACCAGCUGCCCGGCUGCGCCGCGGGGGCCGCCGCCGCCGCCGCCUUCCCGGGGCCCGGAGGGGGCUCGGCGGCGGGGCCCGGAGGGGGUCCGGGGGGCCAGCCCCCGCCGCUGCCCCCCAGCCUGCACCCUCGCCGGGCGCAGCGGAGGCUCAACGGGCUGUCCGUCCUGCUCCUCUGCUGCGUCUUCCUGCUGGCCACCCAGCCCCUGCUGUGGGUCAGCGCGGCCAGCGGCUUCUCGCUGCCCGUGCCCUGGGGCGUGGAGGCGGCCAGCUGGCUGCUGUGCUGCGCCCUGUCGGCCCUCAACCCGCUGCUCUACACCUGGAAGAACGAGGAGUUCCGCCGGUCGGUGCGCUCCGUGCUGCCGGGGGUCGGGGACGCCGCCGCCACCGCCGCCGCCGCCGCCGCCACCGCCAUCCCCGCCGUGUCCCAGGCGCAGCUGGGCACCAGACCCGCCGGACAACACUGGUCACCCCACUGCUGACCCCACCCUCGCCCCCCUCCUCCCCGGGACGGGCCCUCCCUCCCUCCUUCCC